AUGUAUCCUCGUUCCGGGCCAUCGACAACAAUGCAAUCGUCUCAAUUUGAUUUUAGCGUUAACGAUGUAUGUGAUCGCUUAGAAAAAGAAUUUUCUCAUAUUCAAGGUCAAUGUCAACAACUACGUUUGGAAUGUGAAAAAUUAUCACAAGAAAAAAGUGAAUUUCAGCGACAAUAUUUUCUCUACUAUGAAAUGUCUUAUCGUUUAUCGUAUGAAAUGCAUAAACAAACAGAGAUCACAAAACGACUGAUCAGUUUAUUACAUCAAAUCAUACCAUUUCUUACGCCAGAACAACAACAACAAGCCAUACCAGCACUGGAACGAGCGAAACAAGUAACAAUGAAUGAUCUAAAUAGCAACGUGUUUUUUAUAUGUAGUGCCAUCCAACAGCAAUUUCAUGCCCAAGCAACAGCUGCCGCUUUAGCCGCAGCAAGCGCUGCUCAACAACAUCAAUCACCACCAACUUCCGGCAAUUCAGUUGGUGGACCAACAACACCUUCAGGCACACCACAUUUACAAUUACCUGGUCUGUUACCUCCGGGUGUAUCAGCCGCAAAUCUAGCCGGUUUACCACCUGGAUUGUUGAGUUACACAAGUGUUCUGAGUGGUUUAGCUAAUCAGUAUGGAAAUAACAUGACGAGUACGGGCUCUUCUGCUACCACACCUACAAUGACACCAUCAUCUGCCGGUCUAAAAGAAGAAAAAGAAUCUGGAAACUCAUCAUAUUCUCCUAGUUCAAGGCAAAAUAAUAAUUCUCUACAACAUGAUAAAACCGGUCGCACUGUUACUCGUUCUCCAUUAUGUACACAAAACUCGUCAAAUAACCAUCAUUCUAAAUCCUCCACAAAUAAACAUCGUUCUUCGUCCUCAUCUUCAGCAUCAAAUUUAUCAAAACAUCACGGCAGUCAUCAAACACAUCAUCAAUCCCACAUAGACUCACGUAUACAAGAGAGACAAGAACGUCAACAGCAACACGCUGAUAUAAGCGAUAGUGAACGAAGCGAAACAGGAGAUCUUGUUAUUGAUACAAGUGUUGGUCAACAGCGAUCAACAUCUAGUCAUAGUGAACAAGCAUCAGCAAAAACACAUAAUCAUCAUCUAAAUCAUAGUAGUAGCAAUAACAAUCAUCAUGACAAUAACAAUAAAGAAGGUAAAUCUCAUGCUAAUGGCGGUUUAUUACUCUUGAACGGUGUAAAAACGGAAGCAUUAGACGAUAAUACCACUCCAACAAAUCUUGGCUCAUCAAAUGGAAAUGGUACUAAUUCUUCAAGCCGCAAUCGGCGUGACCGUAGUCCCAUGUCAGACAGGGAUUCACAACGUAGUACACCAUCAUUAAAACGAGAGAGAACAACACCAGUGUCUAAAGCAGUAACACCGACAACAACAGCUUCACAAGCACAAAUGAUGCAAGCAGCAUCACUAAUGCCAAGUGCUUUAGCUGGACGAAUAGGUGUACCACCGGGCACGUUUGGUUUUCCUGGAGCAUUCCCAUCAUCGGCACAGGAGGCCCAAGCUUUAGCAGCUGCAGCCGCUUUCGGUCUGACACCAAAUGCUCUUCAUCAUUCAGGACCUAUGAUGAACUCACCUUUUGGUCCAACACCAUUUCACGCAUUUUCUCCAGCGGAUGUUGCUGCAGCACAAGCACUCAUGGCACAUCAACAUGGACUACUACAAUCUUCACAUCAACAACAGCAGGCGGCAGCUGCUGCCGCAGCUGUGGCUGCUGCCCAGCGAAGUGCCGGUGGUGGUGGAGGUGGAAAUCAUUUAAUGAAUCAAGCCUAUUCAUUUUUUACAACAGUAGACCCAAAUGGAAAUCAAAUAACAACACCGAUAACAAUGUCGCCAGAAACAGCUUUAGGCGGUACAAAUAUACCAAAUUCAGCAAGAGAAUUGGCCACACUAUUACAUGGAGAAGUGGUUUGUGCUGUGACAAUAAGUGAACCAUCGAAACGAAUUUAUACGGGUGGUAAAGGUUGUGUCAAAGUAUGGGAUUUAAAACAAACUGGCGCAGUUCGUCAACCAUUAUGCCAUUUUAAAUGUUUGAACGAUGACAGUUAUAUUCGAUUUUGCAAACUAUUGUCAGAUGAUUGUACGCUUGUUGUCGGUGGUGAAGCAAAUAUUAUUUCGAUCUGUGAUCUAUCGUUUGCACAAUCAUCAACACCCAAUAAUAAUUCAUCACCAACAUCACAAUCACAAACGUCGAUACAAUCACCGCGUAUUAAAGGUGAAUUAAAAUUGAAUGCACCCGCUUGUUAUGCUCUAGCAAUUGGACCACAAGAUUCGAAAUUAUGUUAUUGUUGUUGUUCGGAUGGUACAAUAGCCAUUUACGAUAUACAUAAUCAAGAAUUAAUUAAACAAUUUCAAGGACAUACAGAUGGAACAUCGUGUAUUGACAUAUGUCCCGAUGGAAAAAAAAUGUGGACAGGAGGACUCGACAAUACUGUUCGUUGUUGGGAUAUAACAAGUGGCAAACAACAAGAAAUCUACGAUUUUCAAUCGCAAAUAUUUACACUUGGUUAUUGUCCAUCUGGUGAUUGGUUAGCUGUUGGUAUGGAGUCAAGUCAAGUUGAAUUGAUAAAUAUUAAUAAAAAACAAGAUAAAUAUACAUUGAAUUUACAUGAAUCAUGUGUUUUAUCGUUAAAAUUUUCCAAUCAAGGCAAAUGGUUUAUAUCGGCUGGCAAAGAUAAUUUUAUUCAUGCAUGUAAAACACCACAAGGCUUUUUAUUAUUUCAGUCAAAGGAAUCUAGUUCAGUUUUAUGUUGUGACAUUUCAGCCGAUGAUAGAUAUAUACUAACAGGAUCAGGUGAUAAAAAAGCAACAUUAUACGAAGUCAUGUAUUAA